AUGGCUAAGACACUGGUUUCACGUCUUCACACUUUUUGGCCAUUUUCACUGUUUAAGAAAGACGAUCUAAAAGUUUCAAGCAGAUUAGUUCAUGGGCUUCCAAUACCAGAAGCGACAAAGCAAUUCACCUUUGCAAUCCAGGAACCCUCUUUGCAGACGGUGGUGUAUAUAUUAGCUGUACAAAACCUGUCAGAACAGUCUUCUCUGGAUGCUGAGUGGCUAAUAAAGUCAGUCCAACCAGAUGCCGUUGUGGUUCAGAUUGCCCCCUCUGCGCUACCUGAAAUCCAGGCUGAGGAUAAGCUACCAGAUUACCAAGUGGGCACCAUACCAACGUCAACCCUUGGUGUAUUGAGGAAGUGCUUCCUUGAUAAAAUCAAUAAACAGGAGUAUGAGAACGUUGCAGGGAAUCUCAUUCUGAAGGAGAUUUUCGGCGUUGGAUUUUAUGGGCACCUCUUGGCUGCCAAGAGAGCUGCCAAGAUAGUCAAUUCUCAGUUCUUAUUGCUCAAUUCUCCUUAUGAAAGCAUAUACAAGCAGGAUCCCAAGCGUGAUACCAUAACCGAGGGCCAAAACCCACUUUUGCCAGCCAACUCUUUGGUCCCUGUUCAAGCCACCAGUGUUGUUUCCUCAAGAAGAUUUUGCCUCACUGACAUUGGGCAGUCACAGAUGGUGAAAUCAUUGACUCAAUCAUUAACUGCAACCAUGGCGGAACCAAGGUCGUCCAUGCCCAUCUAUGAGAACGGGCUCGGAGAAGUUCAGAACAAAUUGAACUACCAGGCUCCCUGGUUCGCACGGGCUAUCUACACCUUGUUGGCAGAUUUGCACGACCUAUUUGCCGACCUCCCAGCCAUUGGGAAUGCUCUACUCUACGCACAGAAGCUGCUUUCCGACGUCAAUCAAGGGGAACCCGUGGACACUCAGCUUGUCUCUGAAGUGCGCAACUUUCGGAUCGCAGUUGAAGGUCUAAGAAUAGCUCUCAAUAGUGCUGCCCGUACUCCAAACGGCAGAAAGGAGACUACAAACCCUCCAGUUGAGUUCAAUGAACUCCCUCCCGAAGAAAAGUGUCAUGUCCUCUUCGCGCAGGGUCUCAAGCACCAGGUGAAGAGCUUCAAGUCUGUUGUAGCCAUUGUCGAUGCAGGCAGUUUAUCAGGCAUCCGGAGACACUGGAACACGCCCUUGCCUCCAGAGAUCAUGGAGUUAUUAGCUGGGCAGGGCAUCACAAGAUACUAUGAUGAUGAAAUCGAAGAUGCGGCUGAACUUGCAGAGAAGAAGAGGCUUCUGACCGCCAAACCAGUUGUGGCAGUGGGUGCAGGAGCAACAGCAUUCCUCGGUGCAGCCUCGUUCUCAAAGGCCAUCCACGCAUCUACUUUAUUCAAGAUCAUUGCCUACAAGCUUCCCAUCUCCCUCAAGAUGAGCCUUGCAACUUUCCAGAGGAUGACUGCUCUUGGGCUCGCUAAGAUUCUGGGGCCCUCCAAGAUUCUAGCCACUGGGGUUGCUGGUAGUAGCACCAAGGCCUCCGCCUUGAAGGUGACGGCCUCAACUGAGAAGAUCCGGGCUGUGGCCCACAGCAUUGUGACGUCAGCAGAGAGGACCAGCUUGCUAGCAAUGCGUACUUCUUUCUAUGAGAUAAUGAGGAAGAGGAAGGUCCAGCCGGCUAGGAUUUCCCCUUGGGCGACUUUUGGCUGCAGCAUGGUCGGCUGUGCCGGGCUUCUGGCUUAUGGGGAUGGAAUUGAGUGUGCGGCCGAGUCAGUUCCCUCAGCCCCUAUGAUUGCCUCCCUGGGACGAGGCCUCCAAGGCCUGCAUGAGGCAUCACGGCAAGUGAGCCAGAGUAAUAAUAAUAAACGACUGCAAGAGGCCUUACAGUCUCUGAUGUACAGUUUAAAACAGCUUAAGAAACAGCAAUAA